AUGGUGCUGAUUAACGGUAUCAAGUAUGCGUGUGAACGUUGUAUAAGAGGUCACAGGGUGACUACUUGUAACCAUACAGAUCAGCCACUGAUGAUGAUCAAGCCAAAGGGUAGGCCCUCCACAACGUGUUCGUACUGUAAAGAACUGAGGAAGAACAAGUGUGCUAAACCACCGGGGACUUGCACUUGUGGGCGACAAGAGAAAAAACGACAGCAACAGAGGGCGAAAGAGGAGGCAAGGGCAAAGGCCAAAGAACUGGCAAACCAGAGUUGUACGUGUGGUACGGAGGUGCCUUGUGCUGUACACGCUAACAAGCGACUGAGUAGCAGUACUAGUAGUAGGAAACUAAGUGGCCAAACGAGUAAUCCAGUAAAUAUACAGAGGAAAAAUAAAUCCAGGCAACAGAAAUUUGAAAGAGCUGCAUCAACGGCAUCGCUCGAUAGUCAUUUUUUUUCAAAUCAAAGUGUGGCCAGUGAUUCCUCCGGUUACUUCCCAAGUUCAUUCAUCGAUAACGACUCUGUCCCGGGGAAAAUAUCCAAGGAUUAUCACCACGUCCCCUCCCUGGCUUCGAUAUCAUCCCUGCAUUCAUCCACGUCCCUUGACCAAAACUUAGCGUCACCACAGAGCCCCACGUUAGUCGGGCCCUCUUUCGGGUUCUUCUCAGACGCAAAUCAUGCCGUGUCAAAUAGUUUCACCAACAGUGGUAGUCUAGUGCAAAGGGCCAAACACCACUUGAACAACUGGGACACGAACUCAAGCGCGGGUCCAACGAGGUCGGACUCACAUUUAAACCUGCUCGAAAACAACCUCAGCGUUGGGUUGGACUCCCUGAAUGGUGCGAGGAAGGGAUCGGCGGUUUUGCCGAAACGGAGUGUCGGUGAGGUAAUUGUACCCUUAGAGGAGUUUAUACCUUCGGAUAUCAACGGUGUCGGUAACGUCAAUGACGCAGACGGUUGGGACCUUGAGGAUGCAUCGAUAAAGAAUUUGAGCACUACUGCAACGACGCAUACGAACACAAACACGGAUUACUACCGUUCGGCUGGGAACGCUCCAAGCAGGGGUAGUGAGGCCCCCGCCCAGAUGAAUGAUGAGCAUAUAAAACACAUGGCAAGUAACGGGUUGCUCGAUAUGUUCCCAGAUUCGUCUUCUAUAUCCACGUUGUCUAGGGCAAACUUACUCUUACAGGAGAAAAAUGGACAAACCGAGGAAUCCGCACAACCAACACAAAGUUUCCAUCAGUGGAACAACGUUCAAGGAGAUCAACACCGUCUACAACAACCCGCACACCAGCAGCAGCAGCCACAACAGUCCGUGAGUGAGUACCCUCAGUCGCUUAACGAUAACGACAGUGUACAAAGUGUCGAAGUGUUGUCCCUGAUGCCAAGUUUUAUGGAUAUACCAGACUACGAGCCACACCAUAAGCGAAAACAACGGCCAGCAAGGGCUACUAGUAGCUCUGAAGGUUACAACAACAAGAGAUCUUCCAGUAUCGACAGAAACCACAAGUAUACGAAGAAUUCCCCCGGGCGUACUAUAAACCCGAUGGUAGUGAGCAAUUUGGACGACGGGUCCAGUUUACACUCGUUCCAAUCUCCAGAGAGUCAUGGAGUCGGUUUAGAGAAUUUCAACAUGAGUGCCAUAGACGAGAACAUAGCUCACGACAUCAAUGGGAAAAACUUGACUGGUGCUCUAAACCAUCAAGCUGGUAACGGUGGCGGCAUAGACACCAACGGUAAACUACAAUCACCAGAUCUCAAGCCACCCUCGUCUUCGCCAACAGACCUGCUAUCUGACCAAGGAUUCGCAGAACUAGACAGUUUUCUGUCCACCCUUUAA